CCUUCUUUUUUAAAAAGCUCACUCUCCAAAAAAGGUACCUGGAGGUUUCCAAACCAAAAAUGAAAAGCAUUUGUUUUUAUUAAAAGAAAAUGUGGUUCCAUCUGAGUAGGCUUUUUCCUCCUAUGAUUCUCUUGAUAGCUUAUCUACUAUCAUGUCAGGAUACAGUUGCAGCACGCAGUAAGCUAACAGGAUUGCCAUCCCAGAGGAGAGCAAGAAGACAAGCUGGAACACCUGCUCCCAUCGAUUGCCGCCUAAGUCAGUGGUCAGGAUGGACCGAAUGUUUCCCUUGUCAAGGAAGAAAACACAGAUAUCGAACUUUGCAACAGCCAGCCAAAUACAAGGGGAGCAUAUGUACCGGCCACCUUUGGGAUGAAGUAGCGUGCCAGUCAGCAGGAGAAUGUAUUGUGAGCCAAGACUGUGGAGCUGAUUUUCGGUGUGAGGAGACUGGUCGCUGCAUUAAACGCCACCUUGUAUGCAAUGGAGAACCGGAUUGCAGAGAUCAAUCUGAUGAGGCAAGUUGUGAGGAUGCUGAAAGAUUCUGCGAUGAUUUGGAUCCAGUCCCCGGGAUCAGUAAAGCUGCACAGGGAUACAAUAUUCUUACACAAAAAGAGGCACAGAUAGUGUACGAUCCUGCAUUCUAUGGAGGCCAGUGUGAAUCUGUCUAUAAUGGAGAAUGGCGAGAAUUGAAGUAUGAUGCGGCAUGUGAACGUCUGUAUUACGGGGAUGAUGAGAAAUAUUUCCGAAAGCCAUAUAACAUCCACUACUAUCAGUUCCUUGCACAUGCUGAUUCUGGCUUUUCUUCAGAGUAUUUCGAUGAUGCCAAGGACCUACUGAAUGCCAUAAAAAAGGACACCUCUCGAAGUUAUGGCUUUACAUUUGGCAUAAGCCCUGAAGAUGUCCCUUUGUCUCUGAGUAUAGGCAUUGGCUUAUCAAAGGGUGAGGGGACCCUGAGAAAUUUUACUGAAUACGCAGCAAAGAAUGUUGGAUUUAUUCGAGCUCGUACCAAAGUACAGACAGCCCGUUUCAAGAUGAGAAGAGGUGACAUUGUCCUGGAUGAAGAGAUGCUUCAGUCUCUGAUGGAGCUUCCAGAUCAGUACAACUACGGAAUGUAUGCCAGGUUCAUUAAUGAGUAUGGCACCCACUUUAUGACAUCUGGGACCAUGGGAGGCAUAUUCGAAUACAUCCUUGUGGUCAACAAAGAUGAGAUGAGAAAAAGAGGGGUUACAAGGGACAUGGUAAGCUCCUGUUUUGGUGGAUCCUUAGGGUUAGGCUAUAACCUUGACGACGCAGACAUAACCAUAGGUGCCAAGGUGUCCUUCAAACGCUGCUCAAAGGAUGCAGGCCAACACACAGACCCUCAAAAGGAAAAGGCAGUCAUCGAGGAUAUUAUUCCCCGGGUUCGAGGCGGAGACGCAGCCUCGAUUGGAAGGCUGAUGGGAAGCUGGAACGCCAAUGCAUACCGUUAUUGGGGGAGGUCAUUAAAACUUAAUCCCACUGUUAUUGAUUUUGAGCUGCAACCCAUAACUGAAAUACUGCCUAGAACCAACCUUGCCAAUAUUGAAGCCAAAAGGCAAAACCUGAAGAGAGCUUUGGAUGAAUACUUAAUCGAGUUCAGUGCCUGCCGCUGUGGGCCAUGCCAGAACAACGGUGAACCGGUGCUGAUGGGGUCCUCCUGUGUUUGCGAGUGCCAGCAGGGUUCAGAAGGCCCAGCGUGUGAGAACACAAGACAGAGGGGUCGUCCAACAGAUGGUGGUUGGAGCUGCUGGACACUAUGGACUCCCUGCGAAGCUGGAUCUAGAAGGCGGACAAGACAGUGUAUCAACCCAGUUCCUCAAAAUGGUGGAGCCAUGUGCGCAGGGAAGAGUGUAGAAAUACAGGGAUGCUAACAUCU